AUGUUAUCCUCAAUUCCCUUAGCUGUGGCAGCAGUUUGCUCCGUAUUCGUUGCCAAUGCACUCCCUACGUUGCAGGUUCGCGAUGACCUAUCCGUUCAGGUUGAUCUCUUCAACUCGAAGGCUCGAUUGGCGGACGCUAUCAAGGGUGCUAUGUUUGGAUCCAUACGUACAAGCUGGGAGCAAGGUACUGCUGCAGCCGGCGUCUUGGAGAUCGAAAAUCCGGAGUACUCGGUCUUCGCGGAAAAUCCCUUCUCGGUGAAGGGCCUACCAGUUGGCGCAUUGCGCCUUGCCCUGAGUGCCGCGGUCCGUCAGGGUCCGGAUGGACGUCUCAGUCAAAACAUUAAUGAUGGUUUGGAUGGUGCCGCACUUGACGGGGCAUCCGCUGGGCCGUUUACUCUCCUUGGCGCCAUGACGGAGCCAAGCAGAGCGAAGUACUUCCAGAAUGCCACCGAUAGACAGUUAAACUAUCUCCUUAACAUCGCUCCGAAAACAAAAACUGGUGCAAUUUCCAUGCGUAACGACUCUAGAGCCUACUGGGAUGACGGCGUCUUCAUGGCUCCCCCGUUCCUUGCUUACUAUGGUGCCGUUACCAAGAAGCAGGAGCUCCUUCAAAUGGCCUUUGACAAUGUACGGCUUUAUCGUGAUGCACUCUUAAUCGAUGGCCCGACUGGCAAGCUUUGGGGACAUAUAUUCAGUGAGGAUGAUGGAACCUGGUGGGAUAAGGGUAUCUGGGCAACUGGUAAUGCUUGGGCAGCGCUUGGUAUCAUUCGCGUACAGUCCACAAUAAUGAAGAGUGCAUUCGCGGACGACAUGAAGAACCAGACGGAUCAGCUCCAAAGUUGGGUGAAGGAGAUCUUGGAUGGCACAUUUGCUGCUAUUGGCGACGACAAUCUCAUCCCGAACUACAUUGACAGCAACAGCACUUUCGGCGAUUGUGCCAGUUCUGCUGCACUCGCCUCAGUUGCUUACCGCGCUGCAGUGAUCGAUCCUAAAACUUUCGGCUGGAACUACACAAAAGCGGCGAACCGGCUGACGAAAGCCGUCUUGGAUGGUGUAGACGAACUCGGUAUCAUCUCGCCGUACGUGAACCCGUUAAGUUGGAACGAGAUUGGCAUACUGUCAACUGAAGGCCAGUCGUUUGCAUUGAUGAUGAUUGCUGCAUGGCGCGAGUGGCUCAACUCAAAUGGCCUGAGUGUCAGCAUUAAUAUUUAAUUCAUCGAUACUCUUUUUACUGGCGAUUUCCGUUGAUCCCGGUGUCUUGUCCUUAAUAUUCGGAUCUCCCCAAUCGCCUUGCACAUUGCUAUGCCAUUAGUUUCGAACAUAUCAUACCAUCAUUGCUUGCUUCCUCAGGCACUACUUAUUUCGCAUUUUGUCGCAUUUUGGGAUAUAGUACGCGUUUUGCAUACUCCCGCG